GCCCCUCCAUUGCCACUUUUGCCAUCGCUCUAUAACCCCCAAUUACCAGAAAAGGGCAGUGGCUUAAUAUUGCUGCUCCACGAGCCAUGGCAACAGGGCUGAGUAUCAAUCGUGGAAAUGUCCAAAGUUCAUCGUACUUUUGUCUCGUUUCUCUACCUGGGCGUAGAUUUGUUCGGACGACAUCAUCCCGUCUCACUGCGGCUUGCAUCAUUCUAUCGAUUCGCCUUGUCGUUUGAUAUGCCAUGGAUCAAGGUAUGCUGAAGACGUUGGAGUCACACACCACUUCUUAGACUACCCCCGGGAUUCUGUCAUGGCUUUUCCUGGGGACUCCAUAAACGUUGUCAUAACUUUUCUUCAUUAUAACCCUUCAUCAUCUAAACUUAUAUCCGCUUGUUUUCGAAAUGUUUCAUUUUUCUUCCCUUUGAGAUUGCUGAAAUCCCGAUCCUCAAACUAUCAAGCGUGUCGGGAAUCGCAUAAUGAGUGGGUUUGGGUGGUCGGCAGGCGACAUCGUUGCCGGCCUGAAAUUGGUGUGGGAUGUAUGGAAAGCUGUCUCUGAUGGCCCCAUGAGUGCCAAAGUUGAAGCAAAGCAAUUCUUUGAAGACUUUUAUCUGAUCAUACAAUGCUUAGAUGACUGGGAACGCCGAGAUGAAAGUUCAGCAGAAGGUUCUAGCUUGGCAACUGCUCCGUCACGAUUCCAACACCAAUGUGUCGAGUUUCUUUCGAGACAUAUGCAAUUGAUAAGAACGGCCAAUCCUCAGACUGUGAUCACGAAACAAGGAGUACCCAUGUGGUUAAGGAAGGUUACCUUCUCAAAGGACCAAAUCAAAACUCUUUACCUGCAGAUUUCCUGGCCCUUCGAGCGAGAUCAAGUUUUACAACUUCGUAUUAAGAUGGAGCUAUACCUUAGCCUAGCUACUUACAAAAUGUCUGCUUUGAACCACUCAGUAGCUCAAGACACAAACCACAGAGUGCGAGAAAUAAGCACUUCUCAUCAAGAAUUACUUUCGUCCAACCUUAAGCUGGUCUCGUCUCACCUUGACUUGGUAUCUCUUAUUACUCAAAACUUGAAAAGAAUAACAUACCCUCUUGAGUCGAAUUCUAAGAUGAGACAAAUUGAUUAUCCUAUGCUUCGCCAACUCGAACAAGCAUUGGCACCCCCACAGCCUAUUAGAGCAGUCGAAUAUCUCCAUGACUUACAGCAUCCCUGGCAGGAUCAACAUGGUGAAGACCCACUGAGCUCGAUCACGCGACCAAUCAUGUCUGAUCAACUCAGUUUACAAGAUGAUGGGUAUGAAAGACGUUAUGUUCUAUCACAGAGACUCGAGAAUCUGGCAAUGAGGCGUGUCGAGACAAUCAAUUGCAUGUCUAGUACACAACCAACUGGAACAGAAAGACCAGUAGACCCGCUCAUCUCACGACUACAAGAUAUGAGAGGACAAAUAUUUGAUGCAGUGGGGAUAAAGUCUAUGCGGUCAAAUAUACCAGCUCAUAAAAAUCACUCAUCAUCAAGAUCUGAACCCGAAAACGCAUUGCUACACGAGCUUGAGGCAUGGAACCAGCUGGAAACCCGAAUUCAACGUGAAAUAUUGCACCCUGCCCGUGUUAGUUCUCAAUUCGUACGGCAUAGUACUGAAUCAACCGGAGAAGAAUCUUCAUAUUCGUAUCCAUCACCUCGAAGUAGUGGGGGAUCAUUCCGUGAGAUCACCGGGUCUUCUUUUACCACUGACAGUCCUUUGGGCACAUCUCCAACCAGUCAGUUUCUUGGCAUUCCACAUAAUAAUCUCACCAAUAACUCCGGCUAUUGCACAUUCCCGCAUGACCUUGAAGGCUCAUCAGGACACAAUAGAGCUCUAUCUGUUACUUCAAUCUCACCGACUCCCUCGAUAUGUAUUGAUCCAUCAAUUGCAGUGUAUUUAUAUCCCAAACAUGCGGUCAAUGGAUUCAUAAAAUCUAUCGUUCGAUCAGACAAUGCGGAAGUCAUUAUCAUAAAUACCACGAGUCAGGAUGGUUGCACUGAAGUUCGCCAUUCAGUUGACCCGGCUACACCCUCAACAUCACAAACUUCUAUGAUACCCUACAUCGACAAUCGUCACGUUGACAAAGAUGACGCUCAUAAAUACCGUGUUCAAAUGCUAGGCUCUCACCGGCUCAAAGUCACCAAGUCUGAUGAACUUCAAGGACAGAAGAUUUCGCGUCAUAGCUGCCAACCAACUUAUACAUUUCACAAUAAAAAAGAUUUUCUGGAGUUUCACCGCCUUAUUCUUCUCAAAGAAGUCAAAUAUUACUUUGAUGUUCAAUGGAUCAAGUCUAUGAAAGAUAAGGAAUGUCAAUGUCGUCUAUCUACAAUUCGAAUUCUCCGUGAUGCUACAUUCCGCACUCGCUACAUUCUUUACUUCCGCAAGUCUUCGGAUCGCAGAUCUAGCUUUGAGGAGUGGCCCGUAUCAAUAUUCAAAGAACCAAAGGAACCAAAGACCAAAAUCAUAACACUAGAAAGUUUGGAUGAUAGGCCCUUACAUGAAGCUCGCACAAAAGUGACGAGAAUAUCAAGAAACAGUACCCAAGGUAGCAUUACAACAAUCGGCUCACAGAAAUCCACAAACGGGGCGCACGAGAGACUUCAAGAUCGAUCCGCAUUUGCUUCUGGAAAAAGUAAUAUCAAGGGGUUGAUUAUCGAAUUCUCUGAUGUGAAAGAUUGCCACACCUUCUGGCAAGAAUUCACAACCAAAGAAUCAAUCUUUGACAGUAUCCCAACUGGUACAUCGGAACUCGAAAUUAAUGAUGCGAGAUAUAAUUUUGCGGAGCUGGCUUCUUAAUGAGCUUUAUCCGAUCAAAGAUGUUUAGAAACUCGACAGAGAGGAAUUAAUGAGACGUGUGUGUGUGGUACGUACAGAAUGUAUCUAUAUGUGUAUAAUAUCAUACAACAAUGUAAUAAUACGAUGUCUAUAAUAAAAUUCUAAUUCUGAGAUGGAAAGAAUGGGAAAAGAAAGAAACGAACCCUUCAACGCAACAUUGAAAGAAUAUGAGAGUUUGAUGUAGGAUCAAUUGCUCUGGUUUUGUAGUUUGAAGUUUGAUGAUACAUAUGAUGUGACCUACACUCUUGACGCAAUGAGAGGCUCUUAUAUAUGUACACA